AUGAGCGCGGCGAUCAAUGGCACGGCGCCGCCAACGUCGGGCGUCACGCCCGAUGCGAUUAAGCAGAAAUUGGGGGAUGUGCUGGGGGCCGAGUAUGUGCAGAUUGAGGAUUUGAGCGGCGGCUGCGGCCAAAUGUACGAAGCUAUAAUCGUGUCCGCGCAAUUCAUCAAGAAAACAACACUAGCGCGGCACCGCCUGGUGAACGGCGCGCUGAAAGAAGAAGUGGCCGCCAUUCAUGCGUGGACGCCCAAAUGCUACACGCCCGAGGAGUGGGAGAGGAAGAAACCGUCUUGA